CUGGGGCGGCUCAUCCCAUUCCGUCCCGUCCCGUCCCGUCCCGGAGCCGCUCGCCGGGGGAUGCCGCGCCCCGCGCCCCGCGGCUGAGCGGGUCCCGCCGGGGCUCCAUGGGCUGCACCGGCAGCGCCCUGCGCUGCUGCCCCGUCGGUGCCGAGAGACAGCUAAAAGCCCAGCAGCAGAGGGGAUCGGCUUCCCAGGAGCUCUCAGCCUUGAAGACACAGAAUGCCAAUGCCUGCCUGCUUCCUGAGCACGGCGAGAAGGCAGCGCGGCCAGAGGAGUGGGCGGAGAGUGCCAGAUUCCUCCGAGGCCAGGAGGAAGAGGAGGAGGAGCAGGAUGGCGGCCGGGCAGGCACUGCCAGCAUCUCCCAGGACAUCGAGAUCCAGGUGGAAAAGAGAAAAGAGCGGGAGCUGAAGGAACAGCUCGAUGCCCUGAGGAGAGAGCACACAGAAACCCUGCAAGAGCUCCAGGGAGCACACGAGCAGGAGAAGCUGCUGCUGACAGAGUCCCACCACAGGUCUGAGGCAGCCUUACAGGAGAAAAUUCAGGCACUGAAUUCCCAGCUGAAAUCCUUCCAGGACAGGAUGAAGCGGGUGGAGGAGUCACUCCUGAGAACAGACUACAAGAAGCACAUCCAGGAGCACGGGAGCCCCAGCCCGUUCUGGGAGCAGGAGCUGGAGAGCCUGCACUUUGUCAUCGAGAUGAAGAACGAGCACAUCCACGGCCUGGACAAGAAGCUGCUGCACCUGGAGAUCGUGGAGGAGAGGAACCUUCAGCUGGAGGAGAAGGUGAAAACUCUCCAGCAGGAGAACGAGGACCUGCAAGUUCGCACCCAGAACCACUUGGUCAUGGCGAGCUCUCCGAGGAGCUCCAGGCGGCCCGCGGGGCUCUGGAGAAGGAGGCGCAGCUGCUGGACCAGGCUCGCCGGGAGAAGGAGGAGCUGCUGUACCGAGUGCUGCACGCCGGGGACGGCGCCGCCUUCCCCAUGGCCACCGGCGAGGUGCCCCUCAUCGCCACGUAGCACCGGCGGCACCGGGGACUGCGGGGCUGCCCUGCGAGCCCGGGGCUGCUCGCACCGGGGCUGCUCUCACCGGGGCUGCUCGCACCAGUGCCCCCAGUCGGGGCAGGGCUCCGGGCUGGCCGAGCCCUCAGGGCGCCUCACUGACCGCAGUGAUGGAGCAUUUCACAGCAGCGAUGGAGCAUUUCACGGCAGCGAUGGAGCAUUUCACAGCAGUGAUGGAGCAUUUCACGGGACAUUUACUCCUGCAUUUCCCCAGCCCAUGUGGGGCUGCAGAGGGACCCUGGCCUCCCACCCACGCAGUCCCUGCACCCCUUGCUCUGGUGAGGGGGUGUCUGGGGGUGAAAGGGGUCAGCCAGGACACACAGACUUGCAUUGGGCCAGAUCUGACCCAGCACUUGGCUCUGAAUAUAAACAGCACCAGUGCUGCCCCAGGGCAUGAGGACAAUGAGGAGGCCACCAGGACAAGCACCAGGAGGAUGAGGACGGCACUGGGGACAUGGUGUUAACCUCACCAGGCAGGGCUCCCACCCUACUAUUCCCAUCAACUUCUCCACCUUCAGCAAAUGUCUCCCAGGUACUGCUCCUGCAGCUCAGGCAUGUCCCAGCUCACAAAGCCCUACUUGUCUCUGCUGCUCAUCAGCAGCACCACCAGUCCCAUCUCCUCCCCCAAAAGCUGGAGCAGCACAUCAGGGAGCAGAGCAUCCUCCCGGGGUACCAGGCUUUGGCAGGUCACACCCUCUGCUCCAGGCAGGGCAUCCCCAGCAGGGAAGGUGCUGCCAGCAUGGCUGUGGAUCAGGGCUGGAUGCACACAAGCACUUUCUCCUGGGUGCACCAGUGUGGUGGGAGCCACUGCUCUGGGGCUGUCACAGGCUGUCCCCUCCCUCCCCAUGACUGUUUAACCAGAGCUGUGCAUGUGGGUGUGGGUGUGCGUGGGUGUGUGUGCGUGUGGGUGUGUGUGUGUGCAUGUGGGUGUGUGUGGGUAUGUGUGGGUGUGUGUGUGGGUGUGUGUGUGCACCAGCCAAGGUGCUGCUGGCUGUAAGGAUUACAGAUCUGCAAAAAGCAGCAGCCUCAGCAAUCCCAUGUCAGUGGUUUGGGGGACUGGUGAAGGAGCAUCCCAGAGUGGGGGUUUGUGUGCUCCACACCCCAUACAGUGGGGAGAAGUGGAAGGGUGGGAGCUGGCACCACAAAGACUCAACAAAGAAGCUCCAGAUGAGGCCCUUAAGGCUGAUCCCCAUUUUCCUGCCCCUUUUCCUCCAUUUCAAUGGGCUCCCUGCUCAGGGCAGACCCGGGCCCUCCCAGCAUCAGGGCCACUGCAUCAGCCACUUCCGUCCUUUGUGCUGACCCUAAUCACAAACACAGCAGCUGAACGGGCAGCCAGGAAGGCAACGUGGAUGUGGGGUCCAGCUCUGACCCACACACGCCCAUGGGGUGGCCAUAGGGGGAAAUGGGGGAGCCUGUUGUGUCAGAACCAUGUCCCACCAGGGCACCCUCUGCUCCCCACACCAUCUGUGACUCCCUCACGUGCUGUAACACAAAGCAGGGAUAGCCCAGCAAACCCUGCCUGGCUAUGGCUGGAGGGAUCAGGAUUUUGGGACAAAGGGAUGUGAGCUGGUGGGCUCUGGGAUGGUGCUCUGGACACCUGGUACCACAUCCCAGAACCCCAGAGGCAGAUCCUGCGUGGGACUUGGAAGAAUGUGCCCGACUCUGGGAAAGGGGACACUGGGAACUGAGGAGGAGGAAUAAAUGAGUGCAGAAAAGGACUUGCACACUGUGAAGGGGGGAAAGCCUGGACCAGUGGCAGUCAUGAGGGGGAUGAUAACAGCUCAGGCUGGGUGCCCAGGUGAAAUGGAGGGUCAGGGCAGCACAAGAGGCCUCUCCACCUCAUUGUGAGCAGCUGAAGGAGCAGGGUGGGCAAGGGGCCUGUGGGGUGGCUGCAGGGAAAAGUUUCAAAAGAAAAACCA